CGCGCAGGCGCAGACGCCGCGGGAGGCGCCGAGUCCGGUCCCGGCUUCCCGGCUUCCUCCAGCUUCUCCCGCACCCGGGUCACAGCCGCAGGUGACCCCCCAACCCCGGGGGGCGAGGGGGCGGGUGGCCAUGGAGAACACCGAAGGUGCCAGCCAGCACGUACCCGAGCAGAGCACGCCUGCCCAGGGGCCAGCCCAGAGCAUCACUCCGCAGGGGCCUCAGGGAGACCAGGGGCAGCUUCUUUACCACGAGGAAACCAUUGAUCUCGGCGGAGACGAGUUCGAGUCCGAGGACUCGAAUAAUUUCGCAGAUAAGCUUGAUGAGCCCCUGAUGGAGAGUGUGCUCAUCUCCGACUCCCCAAACAACAGCGAGGACGACGCAGGUGACCUGGGGUGUCUGCAGGACAUGGCGGACCCCGCCGAGGGCAGCGGUGAUCACAGACUGGGGCCCGGCGCAGAAGAGCGCGAGCUGGGCUCACUCAGCGACGGCAGUGAGAGUGAUGGCGGGACCAUGCCCCAGGACGUCUCGGACAUGACCCCUGACAGCAGAGCAUCGCUGAGAGAGGGCCCCAAGCGCAGCGAUGAGGGAGACCCGCCUGCUUCUGAACACAGGGGCGGAGCGGACCCGGGCUCGGGGGCUGCGCGGGAGCCCGCGGCAGGGCCACCGUCGGGCGCGCCCCCCCGGCAGCCCGCCCCCAAGGACGAGCAGGUGCGCAUGUGCACCAUCUUCAGCCAGCCGCCCCCCGGCGCCCAGCCCCCGUCCCUGCGUGACGGCUUCGAGUCCCAGAUGGUGAAAUCCCCCAGCUUCAGCAGCGCCGGCGAGGCUGCCCCCAGGACCCCACCCCAGGUGGUCCAGCCGAGCCCCAGCCUGAGCAAGUUCUUCGGCGACCCGACCGGCAGCAGCUCCUUGGCCUCGGACUUCUUUGAUUCCUUCACAACCUCCACCUUCAUCUCCGUCAGUAACCCCAACGCCAGCCCUUCCAUUCCGGAAAGCCUGUCCCCACUGGCCGCUACCCCUGUGGGAGGAAGCUCGCCGGGCCCCGCGGAAGCUGCCUCCUCCCCAGGGCUGCAGAGGUCAGGGUCGGGUGUCCCCACGGUUCCUCUGGAGAUCUCGCAGUCCCCAAAGCCGUUCUCACAGAUCCAGGCGGUGUUUGCUGGCAGCGAGGACCCCUUUGCCACCGCCCUGAGCAUGAGCGAGAUGGACCGGAGAAGCGACGCCUGGAUCCCUGGGGAUGCGACCAGGAGCGUGCUGACCUCGGUCGCCACGCAGCAGUACGGCACGGUGUUCGUGGACAAGGAGGACCUCACCAUGCCUGGCCUAAAGUUCGACAACAUCCAGGGAGAUGCAGUUAAAGACUUAAUGUUGCGCUUCCUGGGUGAAAAAGCUGCGGCAAAGAGACAGGUCCUGACCGCCAGCUCGGUGGAGCAGUCUUUCGUUGGACUGAAGCAGCUCAUUAGCUGCAAGAACUGGCGGGCGGCGGUGGACCUGUGCGGGCGGCUACUCACGGCCCACGGCCAAGGCUACGGCAAGAGCGGGCUGCCGACCAGCCACACGGCGGACUCCCUGCAGCUCUGGUUUGUGAGGCUGGCGCUGCUGGUGAAGCUGGGCCUGUUCCAGAACGCCGAGAUGGAGUUCGAGCCCUUCGGCAACCUGGACCAGCCGGACCUCUACUACGAGUACUACCCACACGUGUACCCGGGGCGCAGGGGCUCCAUGGUCCCCUUUUCCAUGCGGAUCCUGCACGCGGAGCUCCAGCAGUACCUGGGGAACCCCCAGGAGUCCCUGGACCGGCUCCACAGGGUGAAGGCCGUCUGCAGCAAGAUCCUGGCCAACCUGGAGCAGGGCCUGGCGGAGGACGGGGCCACGCGCAGCAUCGCGCAGGAGAACAGGCAAGCCUCCGUGCAGCUGUGGCGGUCCCGCCUGGGCCGGGUGACGUGCUCCAUGGCCAACUGCCUGCUGCUCAUGAAGGACUACGUGCUGGCCGUGGACGCGUACCGCGCGGUCGUCCAGUUCCACCCAGAGCAGGAGCCGCAGGUGCUGAGCUGCAUCGGCCGCAUCUUCCUGCAGAUUGGAGACAUAAAAACAGCUGAAAAGUACUUUCAAGACGUAGAGAAAGUAACACAGAAACUGGAUGGACCACAGGGCACAGUCACGGUCUUGAUGAACAGAGCUUUCCUUUACCUCGGUCAGAAUAACUUCGCCGAAGCGCACAGGUUCUUCACGGAGAUCCUGAGGGUGGACCCGUCGAAUGCAGUGGCCAGCAACAACGCAGCUGUGUGCCUGCUGUACCUGGGCCGCCUCAAGGACUCGCUGCGGCAGCUGGAGGCCAUGGCCCGGCGGGACCCGCGGCAGCACCUGCACGAGAGCGUGCUCUUCAACCUGACCACCAUGUACGAGCUGGAGUCGUCGCGCAGCCUACAGAAGAAGCAGGCUCUGCUGGAGGCCGUGGCCGGCACGGAGGGCGACUGCUUCAACACGCAGUGCCUCAAGCUGGCCUAGCGCCCCCGCGCACACCCCGGCCCUCCCGCCCGGUGUCUGCCCACCGCCUCCUCCAUCAGGCAGGCUGCAGACACGGGGUGCGCACGCACAGGGGCCGGGGGCACCCGGGGCCACUCCUAGCAGCCUCAGGGGAGAGCUGACCGCGUAACACACACAGUUCUCGCCCGAGCCAGAGCGUUCUAGAGAUUCGUAGAUCAGGGAGAGGGCCCGUUCCCCUGCCCCAGAGCUGCAGCUCCACGCUGCUCCCUUGGGGCCUUUUCCAGCCUCUGCGGAGCCCCUCGGAGAAGUCUGGUGCCGGGGGAGCGGAUCCAUUCUUCGUCCUGCGUGUUUCCAGCACAGGGGCGGGGGCGAGGACAGGGGUCUGCAUGUGCAGUGGGGCCAGGACAGGGGUCACUGCUCUCAGCUCUGGGGGUCGCUGUCUGCUUCCGUACUUACACCGUCACUCCUGCCAUUAAAGUGUCUAACGCACCUGAUUCAAGAACCCUGGCAGGGGCCCUUUAAGUUACCGAGCUCUGCUAGUACGUUUUAAAACAGAGUUCACUCAAGAUUCUGAUAUAAACGUGUAUUGCAUAAAGCAGAGCCAAGCUGUAUUUCUAGUUAUUUCCAUGGUAAACACACAAAUGCGGCAUCUCCUGGGCAGACGGUCUCAGCAGUCGUUGAAACAGACUAGUUACCCUGUGAAAUGGGAGAGACAGGAGAGGCCGCCACAAGGACCGGGCCUACACCUCCAGAGAGAGUGAGGGGCGCCUCCGGCUCAGGCAGGGAGGGGACCCCCACCCCCACCCCCACCCCGAGCGUCCGCAGCCUCUGGGCUCACCCUUGGGGUCUGCCUGCUUCACGCCGUUUUCCUGUAAGUUUCUAUACCAAAUGCAUCAAGUACUGUUAGCCUGCCUUCCGGGAGGGGGGGUCCCAGCCCAGGGGAGACCCACACCCCGUGCUCCCCGAUCCCAGAUCCAGGCCUCAACUGCACAUCACACACCCAGGAGGCACCCCAAAAGCUGCUCCCCCGGAACCUCCCCAAACCCCAGCAUGGCUCUCUGCAGAGAUGGGCCUCCAAGGGGGUGUCCAGGUGGGAUGGAGUCCCAAGGGUCGGCGCACAGGGACGCACAGGAGAGGACCUGGCAAGGAGCGAGGCCCAGGGACCACCCUGCAGCCCCAGCCCCCAGGCCACGACAGGUCAGCAUCUGUUGCUGAAGCUGUUGUCUGCGGGGCUCAUCACCCGAGCUGAGACACCCACACCCCUGGGGGCUGUGCUGCUCACCCCCCGCAGCUGUCGGGGAGCCUUGUGGGAACACACGCUCACACGUGUGUGAGCAGAAAAACCAUGGAGCAUUUAUGGAAAAUAAACUGGCAACGGAGUCAGAAAUUGUGAUAA